CACACUGUGACAUGAUGGAGCGGUUCGAUAAAGGCUCUGGAAUGACGGAACUGUUUGCCGAAGCGGCCCGUUGGGAGGUCAGGUCGGCUAGCCCGGGUGCUGAUUGCUAUGGAAUCAUAACUCAAGCAAUGCAGACACGCCGAGUCUUGGGCUCGCAUAGUGCGGGAUAGAGCCAGCGGGGUGGUUGCUAAUUCCCGGACGUGGGCUUCGGCCGUUGGCGUCAUAAUUCUGCGCCUUCCAGGAGAGAGGAUUAAAACAUCCACGAUAGAGCAGGGUCUCAAGACGCAUGGGUCCUCCUCGCCUCCUUCCUUCAGCCCCAGUGCCUUCCUGAAGCUGGCGAUAGCGGGCUGACUGAUGUCCCGCGGCAGGAGCAUGGGGAGCUUCUGGUUGUUUAAGCAUUCACGAUGCAACCGCGGCCGACUCGGUUCUGUCUCUUGGGGAAGGCGUGCAGGAGCCACGAGCUCUGGAACAAGGCACCUUUAAAUACCUCGCUCGCGGCUCCGACCUUUCUUCUGUCUCUUCACCCAUCCAUCCUCUCUUCUCUCCCCUCGUCUCCUCCACCUCACCCGACUUCAUAGUCGCCUUCCAGUCCAUCUUGCCUUAUUUUUGGAAGCCCUUUUGGCUGCUCUACAUAGCCUCUUCUUUUUAGGACCGUUCCAAGAGCCGCUCGAGGGAAUCUCAUCUAACCGCCAUCCCUCUCCACUGUCCCUUGAGCCUGCCCCUGUCGGUUAGACACGAGCCAGUCGCCAAACCUCCAGGGCCUCUGCAUCCCAAGCACGCCAAGAUGCGCGGGCGGGACAAGUUUCAGUCCUUCAAGAGACCGGCGCUGGCCGUCGUGGUCUGCGUAGUGGCUCUGCUCGCAGGCGUCUUCCUCGAGACGGUCAGCAUCGGUCAACUCGUGGCAGCUCAAGAGCAGCAGCACAAGCCGCAGCCUCAGACACCGCAUAUUCCCUCUGAGAAUCGGCCUUCGGUUGACGCCCGCUCGGCUACUGGUCCGAAUCCCAAGCCGCAGGUUGACGUGGCGGUUGUCGACGCAGACGCCAUCCCUCCCCUCGGCGGCAUCCUCAAGACCAUCCUCGGCGGCGGCGCUCCCAAGCCUGCCGUUGCCACUGCUGCGCCUCCUGUUGCCGCCCUGCCUCCUGUGGCUCCAGCGCCUGCCGCCCCGGCCUCGGGAGGCAUUCUUGGUGGACUUGUGCCAGGGCUGCCUGCUCUUCCUGCCCCACUCCCAGUCUUGCCGCCUGUGGCCCCGGUCCCUGGCUCAGAUGGCAGUGGCGGCCUCGUGGGUGCGCCUCUGCCUCUUCCAGCUCCCCUGCCUGGCCUUCCAGCCGCCUUGCCGGUUCCUGCUCCUGCUGCGGGUUCUGCUGGAGCUGGUGCUUCCACUGGGGGCUCACGGCCUAAGCUCGGUCUCCUCGGCGGACUCGGCGGCUUGGUGGACGACAUUCUCAACCCUCAGACCGGGAUCGUGGCUGGAGUUAUCGGAGCCGUCAACAAUAUCUUGCCCAUCCCAGCAGAUGUGGCCAUUCCCAUUCCAGGCGUGGAUGGUAUUUUGAAUGCCGCAUCCGAAGCCCUCCAGCUCGAGGACCCGCUCAAGGUUGUCACGGCUAUCCUAGACGAGGUCGGCAGCGUCGUGGAGAACGUCGGGAAAGAGCUCAAUGGCGUGGUCGGCGGUGUGGCCAACACAGUUGACGGUGUUGUUGAGAACCUCGCGGACGGCGCCCUGGCGGGUCUUGGUGUGCCCCUGCCGGACCUCAGCAUUCUCAGCAACAUCACCAACCUUGUCAAGGCAUUGCCUGGGGAGAUUCUGGACACAGUUGAGGCUGUCCAUGGCAGCCUCGGUGCCCUUCCCCUAGACGCGGUCCUCCCGAACGCCAUCAAUGGUGUCGUGGACGCGCUUGAAGACACACUGAGCGGUGUCGCCCAGGUUGUCGACAACCUGGUCUGCACGGUUGAGCAGAUUGGGGCAGUUUCUGGCAUUCUGCAAAUCCCCUGCUCGCAGGUAACAUUUUCCAACUCGGAUGCCUCUCUGGCGACACAGGGAGCACUUGCAGUUGUCGUCACCACGCCUGUCAACCUCCUGGCGACUCUCACUGAUUCGGCCGGCUCGGCCCUGCUCCCAACACUGGCUGCGGCGAACAGUCUCAAAAGCAUGGCAUCCAGCGCAGGCAUGGCCCUCCCUACCAAUGGAGCUGCAUUACUUCCGUCUGUAGCAGCUCCGGGUUCGUCCUCUGCACCAAGUGCCCCCGUUGCUGGCACUCCACCGCUGGCUGUUGUUUCCGCCGCGGCACCGCUGUCGACUUCACUUCCAUUGCCCAUCAUCCCGACUCGGCCACUGGCUCCUUCGGCACCAGCCAGCGCGGUCACAGUGACACAGGUGGUCACAUCAUGCCCUGCAACCAUAUCUUCAACUCCUGUUGGGUGCCCGGACCCGCCGCCGUGUCCGUCCUGCCCGGCCGCCGCCUGCAACUGUCCCCCUGAGCUGCCGCCUUUCGACCCUGCCCUUGGCCCGUGUCCGGGCCAGGGCUACACGUGCUCUUCCUGCAAAGACGGCUGGUUUUGUCCCCCCAAGCAGGUGCCGGCGCAAGCCUGCCCGUGCGGCUUUGGCUGGCCUUGCGAGGAUUGCACUGGCGGUUGGUUCUGUGCACCGGUGCAGACCUCGAGCGCCCAGAUCAUCAACGUCUGCCCUGCAUCGUCUGUCCCUCGUGGCUCGUCGACGUCCUCGUCGGCAGCACCGUCGGUGCAACCGACCUUGGCCCUACCCAACGGCAGGUAUGCUGGCUGCUACCUCGACACACCCGAGCGAGCACUUGGCGGCUUCAAUUUCACUGCUGUGCCACCGGACCAUACCAUGACAAAUUCCAUCUGCCUUGACUUCUGCCUCGAGGCUGGUUUCAAGGUGGCUGGUACUGAGAACGGAGCCGAGUGCUGGUGCGACAACUGGUUGUUCAACACGUACUUGAUUGACGAUUCGGCCUGCAAGACGCCCUGCACAGGCGACGGUCAUGAUAGCUGCGGCGGAUCAUGGGCCCUUGCCGUCUAUACUUCGGACGGUAACGUCGAAGUGAGACAGCCCGAGUUUGUGCUCACAGACCCCCCUCCGGGAACGCCAGAGACGUCGGUUCACAUUGGCGGUCUCCGGCAGACGGUGAUCCCCAUGACGGUGCCCGUCUUCGCUUGGCCGCCGCCUGCUCCUUCGUUGCCCGUCUCUAUCGACACGGCCGCUCUCAUCUCGACGGUUGCCUCGAUGGUGGAGGUGGUUGUCUCAAAGGCGGCCGCUAUCGAGUCGGACAUCUUGUCUCGUGUCCCAGCAGGCCUCGCCGGUUCUGCUUCCAUCGUCGACAAUGGACUCAUGAGCCUGACGAGCGAUAUCAGGUCAUUUGUCUCUGCUGUGGCCACUGCUCUCCCUGUUCUUCCCACCAUGCCAGGACCGGCACUGCCAGCGGUGACGACCUCUGGUGCACCAGCCGGCGGCGGCGUUGUUGUCAUCGGCAAUCCUCCGAUUGUCAACAAUCCGCCUUCAGGGCCUGUCUCGGGCGGCGCUCUUCCAGGAAAUCCUCAAGUCCUUCCUUUCCUGGGCACUCCGUUCUAUGGUCGCACGAGCAAAGGAGAUGUCGACGGAUCCAACGAGAACCCGGACCAGCCCAAGGGCGGAGGCCAAGAAAGCGAUAGUUCGGCGGUUGACGAGGAGAGCGCGCAUAGCUCUGACCCGGUCGAUCGACCGGGGGCUCGCAGGAGGAGACUUCCGCGCCGACGUAGCGAGUCGACCAACGCGGAUGCACAGCCUUGACGGAACAACACUGCCCGGUCAGCGCUCUCAAAUCAUGAGCCUCUGCCUUUGCUCUUUUUCGUUUACAUUGCCCAUUUUCGGAUGCGCACAGCAGCCUUUCGUCUGUUAGGCCCCAUCGCCCAUGAUAUCUUGAUGAAGGACGAGUAUUUACAGAGCUUUGAGGAAGAGUGUUUGCUCAAUGAUUUUUAGCUAGGGCCUGUUUAGUUUCUGCUUUUUAUUGGACGGUCAUAGGAUAUGUCAUAGUCAUGAUAUGGGCUUACUGAGGCCACUGAGCCUUUUUGACACACUCGUUUGAGGGAUAGGGGAGAAAGGGGUGAGGAUGAAUGGUGCGUAUACCCAGCCAAGCGCUCACGACGUCACUCAACGCGGUCUGGGCACGUAAUGUGGAAGAGGGGUGGCAUAGAUAGAAGUGAGAUAGGCGACGAUAUAGACAUUGCCAAUGCACGGCCAGAUUUUCAC